AUAUAUGCUACCUCGGUUAUUGUUCAUGAUAAACUUUACACUACAGGUCUCUCGGCUGAAAAUACAGUAUAUCUUCAAGAAAAUAGGACUGUAACAGUUCCCAUAGGUUCAGCUGUUUCAAAUUCAAUGAUGUUUCAUUGUACAGUCAGGUAUCUGGAUAGAUUUUUUAUGGUUAUUGAUGGUCAAACAACUCGAGUUUAUGAUACUGUGAAAGGCUCAAAUGAAUUUCUACCUCCUCUUCUAAAACCUGUUCGUAGUUUUGGUUGUGGCACUUUCUUGGAUGCAAUCACUGGAGAAGAAUUGAUUUUGGUGACUGGAGGACGAGGUGGUUCUGGUAAUAUUGCAGAUUGUCAAGUAUUUACACCUUCACUUGGAGUUUGGACGACAAUAUCUCCUUUGAAUGCUCCUAGAGCAGAACACAGUGUUGUUACUACAGUUGAUGGAGUCUUUGCUGUUGGAGGGGGUGGUUUGGUAGAGCAGCUGAACCCAACUACGCUAACAUGGCAGAGUGUUUCUCCAGACUUCUGGGCUGGAAAAGAAGUUGCAGCUGCAGCUGUUCCAGAUGAUGCUGUUUAAGAACUCUUAAGGAGUUGUGUAAUGGAAUUAUGAGAUAGCUAAACAUUUUACUUUCAAGCCAAUUUUCUUUACUACUGUAUUUUAAGGAUUGUUGCACUGCAUAAAAAUUGAAUUUCAAGAAAUUGCAACUUCAGUUGAUUUAUGUAAUGCCACAAAAUAUCUUUUGUAAAUAAUAAGAAAAUAAUGUGUGACAAAAACAAUCUCAAGAACUGACGAGGGUAAACCCAGA